UUUAAAAUAAUUCAGAAUGAACUGUUUUUGUAGCUGACAAGACACAAUCAAUCUGUUCUAAACAUGUUAUAAGAAGUUCCUUUUAGCAGAAUAUUGUGUAUUUCUCCUAGAGUUGGUUUCUUUCUUGUCUUUUUUAUUUUCAUCAUUUACUGAAUGCAAAUGCAAAUGAAAGUGUCCAAUUUUCUGUCAUUUUGAUGCUUUGCCAGCUGACAUCUUAAACUGGAGUAACUCCAAAAGUUAAUCAGUCUCAGACGUUCAUCUAACGAUUGUUCAGUGAAAAUUUUUGUAAAAUCUGUCCGGCAGCUCAGGAGUUAUUUUGCUAACAGGGGUUGACGCAAAACAAUUAGUGCUGGUUUUAUUUAAACAUAAUGCUCAGAGUGCACAUUGUAAAUAAUGACUUCUCGUCCUCCCACAGACAGAAGGAAGGGGAGAAACUCCACACCUGCUGUUCGGCGAGAAAAAAAAACUGCAGAUUCCGGCCGAUCCGUUUGUCGUUGGCGUCACCAUGACAGCCAGGAGCAGCGCCGAGGAGGAGAGCAGGGGUGUAGUUAGAGGCUGGGUGGUGUGUGAAGUGACGUGAGGAAGAGAGAGACGUCCACGGCUGGAGAGGAGCAGAUUUGUUCURGCAGAGACGUCGCUGCGAUUGUUUUCUUUUUUCAUCCAGUGUCUGCAGGUUAAAAUGCUGCUCGGCUCCUUUCUGCUUCUCCUCUGUUCCUCUCAGCUUGUUUGGAAUGAGCAGCAAACAGCUCUCCUCGCAGAUGACUCGCAUGGCGAGACGCCACAGCAGCUGAACGCCGGUGACGGAGGCCAGAAAGUGUCUCCUCUGAGGAGGACGAACAGGGCAGCUCAGGGUGGAGGAGUAACCAUCAACACUCUGCCAGACAACGUGACACACGUGGUGGAUUCCAACAGGUACUACACCUGGAGGAGCUUCGGACCUGAAGACCAGCGAACACACGACCUGUGGUUUGAUAUGAGCGAUGUCCGGCARGGUCAGGUCCGGGUCCACAGCCUUCUGUCAAACUCGUACAAACAAGCUGUGAGAGUCGUCAUGUCGUUUGACUUUCCRUUUUACGGACAUUACCUGAAGCAGAUCGUCAUAGCAACAGGAGGGUUUAUCUUCACGGGGGAUGUCACUCACCGUAUGCUGACCACCACACAGUACAUCGCCCCUCUGAUGGCCAACUUUGACCCGGGCCACUCCAAAGAGUCCACAGUGCAGUAUCUGGACAACGGGGAGGUUUUCGUGGUCCAGUGGGAGCGAGUCAGGCUUCCAGGUGAAGAGUCACAGGGUGCCUUCACGUUUCAGGCUGCGCUCUACAAAACUGGAAGAAUAACUUUCAGCUACAGAGAUAUACCACUGUCAUUAGAUGUGAUCGGGUCAGCUGAUCAACCCGUGAAGGUGGGUUUGUCAGACGCCUUCACGGUCAGAUCAUCCUCAUCUCAGUCGCCAGUUCAGCAGAUGAUCCAUGAAUACCAUCGAGUUGAGCUCGACGUGACAAAGAUCACCAAUAAUUCUGCUGUAGAGCUCACACCACUUCCAACCUGCCUGCUGCACGACAGCUGUGAGCUCUGCCUCUCAUCCAACCAAACCUCUGGUUGCAGUUGGUGCAACGUUCUCCAGAGGUGUUCGGAUGGCAUGGACCGACACAGGCAGGAGUGGUUGGAUUACGGCUGCUCAGAGGAGAGCAAAGAUGCAACCUGUGAUGAUUACUUCAGGGACGACGGCUUCACGGCUUUCUCUGCUGAACCAGAGGCAGAAAAUCCAACGUCUGAGACUUCUCUGCAAAACGGCUGUGACUGUGGUGCCGAGGGCAGAG